AUGUGCACUCUAGAGAAACGAGGAAACAUCUUUAUCCUGACAUUAACCGGCAACGAUGAGCACAGGCUGAACCCAACACUCCUCGACUCAAUCAGAUCAGCACUCCACCGCCUCCGCUCCGAACCCACCUCCCCUUCCACCGUUUUGAUCACCACAGCACACGGCAAGUACUUCUCCAAUGGCUACGAUCUUUCCUGGGCCCGAUCCACAACAUCCCAAUCCACCACUCUAUCUCGCUACAAGAUGAUGUCAUCAAAACUGCGCGAAGUUGCAUCCGAUCUUGUUUCCCUUCCCAUGCCGACGAUUGCAGCUAUCACGGGCCACGCGUCGGCAGGAGGGAUGGUCUUUGCCUUGUGUCAUGAUUAUAUGAUUAUGAGAAGAGAUAGAGGGUUUUUGUAUAUGAGUGAGUUGGAUAUUGGGCUUGUGGUGCCUGCUUGGUUUAUGACGUUGAUCGAGUGUAAAAUUGGGGAUGCGAGGGUGAGGAGGGAUAUACUUUUGAAGGCGGCGAAAUGGACAGCGGAGAUGGCGGUGGAGAAAGGGAUUGUGGAUAUGGCGUGUGGGAGUGCGGAGGAGACUGUGGAGGCGGCGAUUGGGUUAGGGGAGGAGUUGUUUAAGAGAAAGUGGGAUGGACAAGUGUAUGCUAAGAAUAGAAUGGUUGUUUUAGGUGAGGUUUUGGAUACGUUGGUGUCUGAUGAGACUGUUGGGGAGGAAAAUGGGAAGAGAAGUAGAUCAAAAUUGUGA